AGGGGAACUGAGGAGGCGGGUCGUUUCUGAUGUGCGUUUCAUUUAGAGGAAGACAGUGUGACAGCAGGUGUGGUUGUCGGUCUGUCUGCUGUUUCAGGUAGGAAAUGCAAAUAAAUCCAGUGAGAGUGGCUGCAUGUUCUCACUGCAUCACAGGAGUUUAAUCUUCACAACCAUUUGCAUCUGAGGACCCGAGCAAAGACUUCCUCAUGGCUUAAUCGCUGGUCAGGCUGGACCUCAAAUCAUGAAAAUGACCUUUUUUGGAAAACUGAAGAACCUGAACGCUGGACCUCCAGCUCCUCCCAGACGGCCAGGCAACUCUGGAUUUGAUUGGCCACAAGAUGAGUUUACGGAUGAUGAGGAAGGGGACAUGUAUGAAGCCCCUCCCUGUGAGCGUCCGGCAGUCAAAGUGCCACAGACCCAAGUACAGGACAACAUUUAUUUGGAGAGGACGACCAACCCAGGUAUUCCCAAGAGGGAGGCUGCUCCUCUACCUCCCCAAGCACCUAAAAAUAUGAAACGCCAACAACGUCAAGAUUUAAUCAAUGAUAUGAAAAAACCGCCUGAAGUAGACAGAAAUGACAAGCCUGGGAGGAAGAAGAUGAUGCCUCCUCCUCCUCCUCCAGUCUCUGAGUCCAAUGAGGAAGAUGUCUAUCUGGAUCCAAACCAGGAGCCGGAAGAAAAUGAUGACCUGUACUUGGAACCAGAAGCAGCGUGCUCUCCUGGUCCACGUGCACCAAUGAGGAAGCCGCCGUCUCCCUCGACGGCUGCAGUUCCCAUGCCGAUGGCAAAGCCUCCGAUUCCUGGAGGGAAAUCUAGUUCAAUGUUUCCUCCAGUGAUUGACAGAAAAACAGGUCAGGAGUCAUCUUCUGUAUUAACACAAAAUGUCAGCCAGCCUGCUAAGUAUAAGCAUCCCACAUGUCGCACCGAAUUUGCCACUCUUACUCCCGGUGUGAGCUAUCUGCUAAAGCCUCAGGGUGGAAUGAGAGUGAAUAAACCGUUGAGGGAUGAGGACAAAGAGUGGUUUGCUGGAGACUGUACAAGAAAAACAGCCGAGGAUUUCCUGGAAAGAGUCAACAAGGACGGUGCCUUCCUCAUUCGCCACAGCUCGGACCAGAGAACCAGUCAGCCCUUCACCCUCGCCGUUCUCUACCAGCAGAAGGUCUACAACAUCCCCAUCCGCUUCCUGGAGGACGUGCAAGGUUACGCCCUUGGAAAAGAGGGCAAAACGAACGAAGAGACGUUCAGCAGUCUCGAUGAGAUGAUUUCUCACCACAAGAAGAAUAAACUGCUCCUGAUUGACAGCAAGAGCCAGGCCAAGCACUCAGUACAUUUAACUUACCCUGGACGCCCUUAAAACUGCAUUUACAAGAUGAUGAGUAGAGUCACAAGGUCAAAAGUUUAAUGUUUGUCCGAGAAGUUCAGUCACUUCUCCAUGAAACCAGCAAAACAAAGAACUAUAAAUAAUCUAGAAACACAACAAGUUCCUGACAGAAGAGCGGAUGAAGAUCAGAUGUCAUUUGUGGUUUUUAUAAGCAUUUUUUUCAUUUACAUUGUGUCGUAUCUUUAAGAGAAGUGUAAACUGUAAUUUCCUGGAUGAAAUGAUAGCCUGUUAGUAAAUGCAAUCCUUUGUUUUAGCGUCUGUAAACACAAACUGGAUAUUUCUGCUUGUAUAAAUGAGGAGUGCAUCUUUAUUUUCCACUCUUGUAUUAUAUUAUCUGAUGUUACAUCUGGAGGAAUCACUACUUUUUUAGCAACAGCCUCAUUUGUGAAAACAGUGGGACUGUGCAAAACAGGAAAACUUUCGCAAGUUUAGUUCUUUUUUUUUUUUUAUGCAAGAAAACUCAUAAAGCAUUUCAGAUGUUAAAAUAAACUGCAUUGCAAAAGCUUCCAAGCUUUUUAAAUUAGGAAUUCGAUUAAUAUUUCUACAGCUUUUGUUUAGUGUACUUUUUUUGAUUGACACG